AUGCAGCCGAUGCACCCGCAGCAGAUGCGCCCGCAGCAGAUGAUGAACCCGCAGCAGAUGAUGAACCCGCAGCAGAUGAUGAACCCGCAGCAGAUGAUGAACCCGAAGGACGUGCACCCGGAGCAGAUGCACCCGGAGCAGAUGCACCCGGAGCAGAUGCACACGGAGCAGCAGCAGCAGCAGCAGCAGCAGCAGCAGCAGCGGCUGCAGCAACAGCAGCAGCAGCAGAUGAUGAUGCACCAGCAGAAGCAGGUCUUCCUGCACACGUGGGCCGGCGCCGAGGCGGCGGCCGUCGUGCGCGCCUACGCGCCCGUCGCCGCCGUCGUCGAGCUGCAACGCAACUUCAGCGGCUAUUACAAAAGCCUCGUUGCCGUCGACCCCUGCGACGCGGCGCUGGUGUCGACGGGCCAGCGCUGCCCCGUGACGCUCCAGAACAAGUUCUCUAUGUUCUGGUCCCUCCGCGAGGCCGCGCGCGUCAUGGCCGAGCACGAAGACGCGCGGGGGAAGCGGUACGCGUUCGUGCUGAACACGCGCUUCGACGUCCGCUUCCGCGGCGCGCCGCUCUUUCUCGACCGCGCGGCGCUCGCGCCCGGCGGGUUCUACGGCGUCGUGCACCCGGCGACGCCGGGCGUGCACCCGCGCGAGUUCGUCGACGACAAGCUCUUCGGCGCGGGUUCCGAGGCCGCGCGCGCCGCGGGCGGCGUCUUCGACCUGCUGCCGGACCUCGCCGUCGCCGGCGCGGCGCCCUUCGAAUUCUCGAACCACUUGAACCUCGAGCGCGGCGUUCUACGGUUGCUCGGCGACGACGCGGGCCGCCGCCUCUGCGACGCGCUGCGCGAGGGCGGCGACGUGUGCGCCCUCGGCAGCGUCUCCGAGCUCUACCGCGACGGCGACGGCGGCGGCGUCCGAGAGUGCCUCGUCCACAUGUUUGCGGACCUCAAAGCCACUGGGAUCGUUGCACGUCGCUGCAUAUUUGCGGAGCGCGGGGCGCUCUAA